AUGUCGGCGACGGACCAUCCGAUAUGCACGGAACGGACGCCGCUUCCCCGUGAGGAGCACAACAAAAUCCACAUCUGUACCGUUUAUGGUGUAAAUGAAGAACCGUCCGUGCAGUGCACCCGCAUCCGCCAUCUGGUUUUCCAGCAGUAUAUCUUCUUCAUCCAUCAAACGUCUCACCUUGCGCGACUCUAUGAACCCACCGGCACCCUUCGUUCGUCUUGGCUCCGUUCAGUGUCUACGCCGCAUUCCUUUUUCGCUCCACCGAAUAUCAGUCGGGUGGAGCGGAGUGUUAGGCUCCCCGAACGUACUGAGGGGUUAUGCACGAUUAUCUUCAAACACAAAAAAACGUAUGCGCGCAGAAUUGAGAGAGAUGAUCCGGCUGCUGGUGAUGGAGCAAGUAUCGUAGGAAGUAAUGGGACACGACGACGACAACCUCACCUGAUGAUGACGAUACGAUUUAUUUGUCAAUCCCAGACGGUCUUCAAGUUUCGAGCCAGGCUCGCUUCUCGAUUCUUUGAAAGAACACGAGAGCUAGAACUGAUAGAUCGUCGGGUUCAGCUAUUUCGCGACACGGAGGUAUUCACAGUACAUGACGCACACUGGCUCCAACCCGCGCCGAAGAAAGAUCCAUAG